AGGUAGUAUUUAUCAGAUAUAUUGCCGUAUAAUAGUCUGGUGUGUUUGGUUUGGAAUGACAAUUGCUGAUUGCGUUUUCAGGAACAUCUAACAGUAAAAUCAUCCAAAUCAGGAAAAAAAUGGGACAUCGUGCACCACGCAUUAUCGUAGCUAUCACAUUGUUACUUAUCGUAUGGCAGUGGGAGAGCAUCCUUGCUAUUGAUUUUAUAGACAUCGCUGACUGCUCCUGCUAUUCACUCCACCAAAAUCCAAAGAGUUGGCAAGAUAGCAAUAAGAUUUGUCAAGAGAAUGGCGGAACCUUGGUAUCCAUGGAAACAGAAGAGGAAUAUCAGUUCAUCACCAAGACAAUACAAAGUCUAGAUGUAGGAAAAAACGAGUGGUUUAUUGGUUUGAGGAGAAUAUCAAGAACUGACUACUGGAAGUGGAUUAGUGGGCAUGACAUGACCAUUGAUAAAUGGAGGGCAACUCGAACAAGUGGAACAGGAGAUUGUGUUAAAAUGAUAAAACACUAUAAAGGACGGGGAUUAUUCGACGACGUUACAUGCGACCCACGAUACAAAUACACGUUCAUAUGUGAAUACAAACAAGCUCAAAAGUGUUCUAAUAUUACGUCUACAAUCAUUGAAAAAAGGUGUUUUUCAAAGAGAAAACAGGUAACCACGAAAGAGAACACAAUGACUCGUGGUUAUAUAGAAGAUACCGCAUUCCGAAUGGGCUAUGUCAGUAACUUAUUCAAUUAA